AUGGCUGCUGUGCAACCAAAUCCAAAUUUUGCAAAAAUGAUUUCGGCGCAGCUUCGUAAUAAAGCAAACCAUAACAAUCUUGCUGAUAUACUAGAGAUGUUUGAGGCUGAGACGGACAAUUAUACGCCCUUACUGCUUACUGUAGAAGUGAUAUUUACAAAACUGUUGCGAAGAGGCGAAUUGUUAGAGGGAAUAGUUCCACUGAAACCAGCAGACAAUAGUCCUGAAGCGCAGUACAAACGAUGGCUGCGCGAGUGCUUCGAGGCGGCCCAGACUCGCAUCCUGGAGUGCAUCCGCCGCGGUCGCAUGAGCUCCCGGCUGCAAGCUCUAGUCACUGCUUGCAAGCUCAUGCAGGCUGAAGGCAAGCACCCUCUGGAAGGUUCCUCUGGAUUUUAUUUCCCAUCAGUCAGGCUCAAGAACAUAUUCAAUGUAUUGCUGGACCCUGAAAUAUCGAUGUCGGCGCCGAUAGCCCGCUUCCAGGAAUUCACCGAGUACAAAGACGUACAGCAAUAUGGGCUGAAAGUACUCUCCACAAUCGCUUAUCGCAAAUCACCAACAUCAGUAUACAUGCAGAACUACUUGGAGUUGCUUGACAAACUGCUGGUAUGUGAGAUACCCACAGAGACCAAAAUCAAGGGCAAAGAGAGGGAUGAAGAAGAAAAGGAAGAAAAACUUCUGUGUGGCACUGAAGACAAGGCCCCAUUCCCGUACAACCCGGGCGUGUGCCGGCGCUACGCCAACCGUUGCUGGGGCUUCGCGUGUCAGUGGCCGCUGUGCCAGGACUCCCGCACGCACCGCCGCGCGCUGCUACUGCUCGUCGAGCGACUCAUGCCGCUACUGAACCGGCCGCAUCUCGCCACUGACAUGCUCUGCGACAGUCUGGAUGCUGGUGGUCCUAUCAGUAUGUUGGCCCUGCAAGGCGUGUUGGAGCUGGUGCGUCGUCACAACAUCGACUACCCCGACAUGUACGACCGCCUGUACGCUAUGUUCGAGCCUGAGAUGUUCGCCACACGGUACAAACGACGACUCAUGCACCUCGCAGACAUCUUCCUCAGCUCCACCCACUUGCCAGAAAGUCUCGUAGCGGCGUUCGCGAAGCGUCUGUCUCGGCUGGCGCUGGUGGCGUCCCCCGAAGACGCGGUGGGACUGCUACAGCUCGUCGCCAACUUGUUGCUGCGCCAUCCCGCGCUCAAACGCAUGAUCUGCUAUGAAGACACGCCCGCUAUUAUGUCGAACGACCCGUACGUGAUGGAGGAGACGUGUGCGCGGUCGUCCCGUGCGCUGGGGUCGUCGCUGUGGGAGGUGUGGGCGCUGCGCCGGCACCCCGCGGCCGCGCUGGCCGCCGCCGCCGCGCGCGUGCUGCAGCCCGCCGCCGACCGCGCCGCGCCGCUCGCGCUCACUGCGCCCGACCUCGCCGCGUCCUUCGACGCCGAACUAAAGAAGAGGUUCAAGACGAUAGAGAUGAAUUUCGUCCGGCCACAAGGCAUGACUACGCCAUCUGGCGAACGAGUGAUGCAGUACUGGGAGCUGAUGGCCUGA